AGGAAACGUGUGCGCACUGCAUUCUGGGAUAUGUUAUGAAUUACGAUGGCGGUGUGGGGUCUACCGUCUCACGCCUUCACGCUGACUUGUUUUCUUUGUUCAGUCUUGCAACAAACUUGUCGGACCACCGCCAAAGAACUGAAGUGGGACGAUAAUGGAUAUGUGUUGUACUGUCCGUGCAUGGGUCGCUUUGGGAACCAGGCAGACCACUUCCUGGGUUCUCUGGCUUUUGCCAAGAUGUUAAACCGAACCCUGGCAGUCCCCCCGUGGAUCGUUUAUCGCCACCACAGACCGCCUGCCACCAAUGUCCAUGUUCCCUAUAGUGAGUUCUUCAAACUUGAGGCCCUGUCGGCCUAUCAUCGCGUGGUGGCUUUGGAGGUCUUCAUGAAGGAACUGGCUGAGAAACACUGGCCCAGAGGACAGAGGAAAGCCUACUGCUUUGAGGCAGCGGCUCAGCGGAGUGCAGAUAAACGAUCUUGUCCCAUGAAGGAUGGGAAUCCAUUUGGCCAGUUCUGGGAUUAUGUCGGCGUGGAAUUUGACGAGUCGGUGUUAUUUAGCGGGAUUUCUUUCAGUGCUUACCACCAGCAGCAGUGGAUGAAGAAGUUCCCAGCCAACGAGCACCCGGUCCUGGCCCUGCCCGGAGCUCCUGCCCAGUUCCCGGUGGUGGAGGAGCACGUUAGCCUGCAACGUUUCGUAGUGUGGUCAAACAAGAUGGCGGCAGAGGGACAGGAGCACAUCGCUGCCCUCCUGACUCGGCCCUAUGUUGGUGUUCACUUGAGGAUUGGCAGUGACUGGCAAAACGCCUGCAAAUUGCUGAAGAGCGGCGAUGCCGGGCCUCAUUUCAUGGCCUCCCCUCAGUGCGUGGGCUACAAGCGACAGACGGCGCUUCCCCUCACCACCACCAUGUGCCUGCCUGACCUGGCCGAGAUCCGCAGGGCCGUCAAGCUGUGGGUGGAAAAGACCUCGGCUCGCUCCGUCUACAUCGCCACUGAUUCGGAGUCCCACAGCGGGGACAUUGAGAAGCUCUUUAAGGGCAAGGUUAAAGUGGUGAGCCUGCAACCUGACUCUCCCCAACUGGACCUGUACAUUUUAGCCCAAGCGGACCACUUUAUUGGGAACUGCGUCUCAUCCUUUACUGCCUUUGUCAAGAGAGAAAGGGACAUGCACAACCUCCCCUCCUCCUUUUUUGGCAUGGACCAACCCAGGCACGGUGAACCAGUCUGCACCGGCACACAAACUACCUCAGAGAUGGUACGGCAACACAGCUUGGACGAACAAUAUUGCGGAAAUCCCGAAUCGCCUCCGUCCUCCAGCUGCAGUAAAGACGUGAACUAAGUACAGUGGCUGAGAUAACUAAAAAGAGAAAACACUACUACAAGUAGCCACGAAACAAGUGGAAAUUUCUGCAAACGGCCACAACAGACGUUAAAGACAAGGUGAUGCAAAUGGUGCCGCUAUUUUUAGUGGCUAGCAUGUUUUAGUGUAAUGCCAUAUAGAACUCUAAAGAUGGAGCGAAGGAGCUAGGAUUAGCAAAACAAUUCAAACUGAAUUUUGUAUCAGACACAGUGAUGAAGGAGUUAAGCACCGUUUGCGGUCAUGUACACUAUGUGCCAUAUUGAAUGCUUUCAUAUGAGAGAAGAUGAUGCGCAGAGGCGACAAGGAGCCAUAUGCUGCAGCAAAGAUUAGUUAGGACUUUCCAAUAAACAAUAAAGACUAGCUAAUGCCA